AUGUUUUUUCCACUAAAGCCCUUUGAUCUUUCCAAAACUGAGCGAACUCCUAAUUUAGAAAAAAAGUGGGUUAAAAAAGGUUUCUUCAAAAUAGCGCAAGAAAAAUAUUUUUAUCCGAGUAUUGUUGCUUUCACUGUAAAAAGUGAUAUCGAAUAUGCAAUUGAUUCAAAAGCAAUUGAUUUCCGACUGACUCGAUUUGGAGACUUUAGGGAAUCGUGGGAUAUAAAAUUGACAGACAAUGAAAUUUCUGAUAUUUCGGAUGCUUCAUUUUAUGGUGUUGUUAUUAUGGAUGGUCCUAUUAUCGUACUUAUUUAUAAAGAUAAUGAGAAAGUUUCUGACGAAGAAGAGAAAAACACCUAUUAUAUAUUUUUAUGGAGUUCAUCAUUACAAAGUGAAAAUAAAAUUUUCUUAAAACUUCCAGCUUAUUACAUUUAUGGAUUCUGGAUUGAUUGGAUGGAUGAAAAUAGAUUUCAAAAUAGAGAAGAUAUAUAUGAAAUUGUCAAAGUUAUAUAUCGUCCUUUAUAUGAUUCUAACAUUAAAAUAGAAAAUUUUAAUGAAAAUUCAUCGUCACCAAGACCAUCAAGAUCAUCAACUAAUAUAAUAUCAAAAAUUCCCGGAUUUUAUGCGAAAAUGACCACAUGUUUAAUGAAAUCAUUUAUGGAAGAAUUUAUUUGGAUAGGUACAGAUCAAAAGCAAGUUAUAUGCUUCAAGAAUGAUGAUACAAAUGACAUGAAACCAACGGUAGAAGUCCAGUUAGAUAAAUCCACUGCAGAUUGUGAGUCCAUAUUGAUUGUUCAAAUUACAGAUGAAAGACAUGUUAUCAUAAAUUCAGAGAAUGGCUUUAUAUUAUAUGAAAUUUUGACUGAACGCAAGCUCGUUAUUGGACCUUUUUACCGUCAAGGAUUCGAAGAUAUUAUUAGUUUGCCUUAUUUUUACACAAUUGAUUCUUCUCAUUGGGAAAUGAUUGAUGUAGGGAACUUUAAAUUGAAAAUAAGGUCCUCUGCUGAAAAUUAUCAUGAUGAAAUACGAGUUACAGACUUUUCCCAUAUGAAUUCACUCCUUGAUUCUCUCGAAACAAGGGUCCAUGAUGGAAUUGCUCAUAUAAGAAAAGUAGAAGAAAUUAUAAAUCAAAAACAAGACCUCUUACUUCAUUGUGAUUCAUUGCUUGAAAGCCUUACGGAUAUAUUUGCAUUCAAUAAUCGUCUACAACAAAUAUCCCUUAUCAAACGUAACUUUGGUGUAAACCGAUCUAUUGAAAAUUUAAUACCAUUACUUCAAAGCACUUCCGUACUAUCAAACGACGAUACCGGUGAUCAAUUAUUCAGCGAUAAAAAUAAUCUUCAAAUAUUGGAAUCAAGAUUAAGUAUAAACGAUUGUGAUAAAUUUUCGUUGGAAAUUUCCGUUUUAAAUAACGGAUG